AUGCAGCAGCAACCUCAGUUGCAACCUCAAGUCCAGUCGCCGUUUGCUAACGCUCCCCCUUCGUGGUAUAGCCCUGGCCAUCCCUAUCAGCAACACAUGGGACGCCGUAAUGAUGGCAUGCCCGACUUUCGAUACGGUGCUCCUCCCCAGCAGCAUGCUCAGCAGCACCAGCCCUCUCCAGUGCAGCCGCCCAUGAACGUCAACCAGCAGCACGCUCAGCAGCACGCUCAACAUCAGCCACAACAUGCCCCCCAACCUCCCACCCCACAGCAGCAGCAGCAGCAGCCCCCGCAAGCUCAGCCGCAACCCCCUGCCCCAGCGCAGCCCGCGCCGAGCCGCCAGCGGAAGCGCCCUGCCCCCGCGCCAUCUCCGGUUGCGCCUCCCGUGCAGCCCCCUCCCCAAGCGCAGCCGCAGACUCAGGUCCAGCCUCCCGCCCCGGGCACUCCUGCCGCUCCGACCAGCGUGCCUGUCCCGACCCCCGUUCCGACCCCUCAGACUGCUCCUGCCGCGCAAGCGCCCGCUGCCGACGAUGCCAAUGCUACGCCGUCGCAGCCGCCCGCCAAGAAGAGCCGCACCAACACACCUUGGACGCCUGCUGAAGAGCAGCGGCUCAAGCAGAUGAGGGAUGCGGGAAAUAGCUGGGCUGAGAUUGCCAAGACUUUCCCCUCUCGUACAGAAGGUAGCGUCAAGAAGCACUGGUAUAAGGAUAUGCAUUAUGCAGAGUUCGCCGAGGACGAGAGCCAAGCUUUGCUCAAUGCCAUCAAGGAGUACGAGAACAAUAAGUGGAAAGUUAUUGGCCAGAAAGUCGGCAAGCCGGCCAAGGCUUGCGAACAAUAUGCCAAGGAACACUUUGCCGAGCAUUUCCAAUCGAGCUCUGGAAAACGCUAA